AUGAAACAGUAUCCAGCUACAACUACACAACAACUAGUAGAUCAGCUUCUAGAAGCAGCCAUGUACCAGUGGGCACUUCAUUCACUUGCAAUCAGGGCAGCCCUACAACGUUCAUGUGUCAGAAGUGUGAGUGAGAGACAGGAGGUGAGUGAGAGAGAGACACAGACGGAUGUACUUAAUUCUAAAAAGAGAAAGAGAGUGGAGAAAAGACAUGGGCCCAGCCAAAAGAAAGUCAAACAUCAGCGUGACAAGCAUGUGACUUGCAUUCCCGCAGUGGAGGAACCAACACCAGUAAAGGAUCAGUGGAACAACUUCAAAAAAAUGGAUGAUGCCAUUCAGACAUUUAGUGAGUAUGGACAAGAUGCCUACCUGUUUAAUAAAGGACUGGAAAGGUACUUUACACCAUCAGAUUUCCUAGCAAACCAGCCAAAGCAACAUGCAGCCAUGUGGCAGGAAGUAACCAACACCUUAAUUAAAGUGCACAGACACUUCUCCUUGGACUUUUCCAUCCUGUGCCUUGCCAUCAACUACAGGGCAAGGUACAUCUCCUGCAGGACACUGAAAGCUACCAUGCUGAAGCUACUGGGGGCUACUUCCUUGUUUUUGGCCACAAAGGUCAUGGAGAGAAAUGGUCCUUCAGCAGAGGAGUUCCUGGAGCCAUUUGGAGAAGCUUCUUAUACACCAGAAUACAUCGCUUAUGUGGAGAAGCACCUUAUCUACCAUCUGGAAUUUCGGCUGCAAGGACCCACCAUUGAUUUCUUUCUUGAACAUUUCUCCCUAAUGAGAGUUUCCGACAAGAAGUGUUCACAAGGCAACAUCAUCAGAACAGCCAAUAGCCUUACAGCUGCCAGAGGCAUUGCAGCACUGGCCAUGACAAAGUAUGACUUCCAUCCAUACGCACCAUCACUUCUGGCUCAGUGCUGCCUAAAAGCAGCUGACCAGAUAUUCGGAUACAGCAACAUAGUUGGAGAGGAGUCCAGCGACUAUCCUGCCCACCUCAUGCAGGAAUGCUUGGAAAAGACGCUUCUCCUGGUGUCUGCAAACAAGAACGUUUUGCAACAACUUAUGCCAGGAGUGUUUCCAGAGAAGCUUCCACAACAGUCUACAUCACCCACCAACCACAAUGGAAGCCAGGCAGUGAACAGGGACAUCAGUGACAAGAAGACGAGAGGAGUAGGCUCUUCCCAGAAGAAACCUGCAGGUGGCAGAAAAUCUGCAGCAAAGGCAGCUGCAUUCAGAAAAACAACAGGUAAACUAAACUGA